AUGGUCACGAAUACAGGUCAAAAAGUUCACGCUCUUAUCAUUGUGUUAGCAACAGGAUCCCAAUGGCGUAUUCCUAGGAUCCAAGGUCUUCAAGACUAUACAAAUAAAGGCGUUGUCUUUGAAAGUGGUGAGGAUGCCCAUGACUUUAGCGGAAAAGAUGUUGUAAUUUUAGGGGGUGGAGAUAAUGCCGUCACACACGCUUAUUACGCUCUGAAAAACGCAAAAUCAGUCACUCUUGUAGUGCGAUCGAACUUAAAAGCAACAGGAUGGCGCACACAACGCAUUCAAAAAAUAGCCAAGCAAAAAAAGAAGUUUACAAUUCUGUAUCAUCAAAACAUUCAAACCAUUUCUGGAGACAAUACAAAAGUCACUUCUGUAACAUUAAAAGAUGGAUCAACGCUUCCUACUGAUUUAGUUGUUGUCUUAUCGGUCGAACGCCAAGAAAUGCGCUAUAUAAACAUGCAAUUGCGUGCGAUGAGCAAGGGUACAUCAUCCUAA